AACUUUGAGGCCAAAAUUCCAAGUGCGGGCAUUUCCUUAAUGAAUAAGUUUGUUUUGUUAAAAAAUCUAAAAAUCUUAAACGUUACAACAUGUUUUGUUUUUCUGGUAUUUUAUUUUGGUCAAGUCGUAAAAGAUGAUGAAGUUUUAUUGUUUUGAUUUGGUAAAAUAGAGAAGAAAGUAAAGAGAUAAGUAUGAAAAUAAAUGCCCACAGUUUGAUUGAAAAGUGAAUUUUAGUAUAAGUAACGUUGUGGAUCUAAAUCAGCGACCAUAUUCCGAUCAAAAAACAAUGUCUUCUGGAACGGUAGCGGGGAUUCAGGGCCAACCUCUUGAGGUGACGGUGGUUUCUUGCUCGAAAUUGAAGGAUACUGAAUGGAUUUCAAGACAAGAUCCCUACGUCUGUCUUGAAUACGCUUCCACCAAAUUCCGAACAAGAACCUGCACAGACGGUGGAAAAUAUCCGGUGUUUCAAGAGAAGUUCGUUGUGCCGCUGAUUGAAGGUCUUCGCGAACUCACUGUUGUCGUUUGGAACAGCAAUACUCUCAAAUUGGAUGAUUUUAUCGGCACCGGAAAGGUUCAAUUGAACAAGGUUCUGUCUCAAGGUUUUGAUGACUCUUGUUGGCCACUUCAAACUAAAUCUGGCAGACACGCAGGCGAAAUUAAACUUAUAUUGCAUUAUGCAAACGCCAAACUAAAUCACCAGAAACAAGGGUCCUCCUCAACCCAUACUCCUAUUUCCUAUGGAGCAGCACCCACAGGUCCUCCUUCCUACUACCCACAACAACCAUCAUACUCUAAUUAUCAACAUCCAACACCUGCUCUUGCUUAUCCACAACAACCUUAUCCUGCUUCACAUAAUUCAGUUCACUAUCCACCACCCUCAACCUAUCCAUCCAUGCCAUCUCCUUAUCCACCACCCUCGUCCUCCCCAUACCCCCCUCCUCCCCACUCUGCUUAUCCACCACCUUCCUACCCUCCGCCUGCAACUUAUCCUCCAAAUGCUGGGAUGUACCCUCCACCACCAUACUGACACAGAUCUGCUACUUUCAAGGAUUACUUUGUACAAUCUUGCCUACAUUUUCUGCAUUUUGUAGCCAUCCCUAUAUUUAUCUAUACUUCUAGUGGACGAGUGGAAUCAUCAUUUUGUAGAAUAUUUAUUGCUUAUCAAAGUUGUUAUAUUAUAUGUUCUAAAUUACCGUAA